UAUGAGGAUGGUUGAAUUUCUCUCAAAACGAUUGACUACAUAAUAGUUUCUUGUUAAUUGUAUUGUAAUAUUCAAGGAUUAUAACGUGAUAAGAAGUCCUGUGACAAAUGAUGCGCCGGUUUCAGGUAUCCACUUUGAUCAGGGUACCACAAGUUGUAACGUCUAACAUUUCAACGUGCUGGAUAAAAUCAAUUGAUUCGGAACUUGAGACACCUGCAUUUGCUCUGCCUCAUGGUUCGUCACGUUUUUUCCAUUUGAGUAGGCCACAAUGUAUUUCUAUUGCAAGAAAAAUCGUGUAUCAGCCUAAUAUAUUUGCUAGAACUAAACAAAAAGUUGUCAACUUCUUCGAUGUAAAAAGAUAUAGACAAAAAUUGUCUACUUACUUUUUAUACGAGCAAAUUGCGGAUGAGAUAGAUUAUUCUGAAUUUUUUGAAGAAUUUAAAAUGGCAGACACUUUUAACUCAUGGUUCCUAAUCACAGAAUUGCAUGUCUGGAUGAUAAUGAGUAGGUUCAUGGCAGAAGGUGAACUGGGAAUCUUUCUUAGAAACUCUAUUGUUCAAGCGAUGUGGGAAGAUGUGAACAUCAGAACAAAAAAGUUAAAAGAUGCUAAUCAAACCAGUCUACGAAAACAAGUAAAAGAAACAUCUCAACAGUUUAAUGCAGCAAUAAUUGGCUAUGACGAAGGACUUUUCUCCGAUGAUAAAGUAUUGGCUGGUGCAUUAUGGAGAAGAUUUUUUGCUUUAGAAACGAAUAAUCCAGAGCACAUUGAAAAAUUAGUCAUGUAUACUAGAAAACAAAUGAACAUGCUUGACAAGAUACCAUUAGAAACUAUAUUAAAACAACAUAGAGUACCUUGGAUACCGUUAAAAAAUUGUUAAUUUUAGAAAAAUAAUGCGUGCCAGGUAAUGUAAUAAAUGUACAUACAGUA